CCUGCAUGAAGAGAACCUCUUACCUCGAGUGCAUCAGGGACAUCGCAGCAAAUGAAGCAGAUGCUGUGACCAUUGAUGGAGGUUUGGUGUUUGAGGCAGGCCUGGCCCCCUACAACCUGAAGCCCAUCGUGGCAGAAUUCUAUGGAUCAAAAGAUGAUCCACAAACCCACCAUUAUGUCGUGGCCGUGGUGAAGAAAGGCACCAGCUUCCAGCUGAACCAGCUCCAAGGCAAGAAGUCCUGCCACACGGGCCUGGGCUGGUCUGCUGGGUGGAACAUUCCCAUCGGGAUACUGCUGCCCUCUGGCUCUCUUGAAGCAGGAGCGGCCAACUUCUUCUCCAGCAGCUGUGUCCCCUGUGCAGAUGGGAAGAAGUUCCCCAGCCUGUGUCAACUGUGUGCUGGGAAAGGGACAGACAAGUGUGCCUGUUCCUCCCAUGAACCGUACUUUGGCUACUCAGGUGCCUUCAAGUGUCUGAAGAAUGGCGAGGGGGAUGUGUGUUUCGUGAGGCACAUGACGGUGUUUGAGAACCUGGAACAGAAGGCUGACAGGGACCAAUAUGAGCUGCUCUGCCGGGACAACACCCGGAGGCCAGUGGACGAAUAUGAGAAGUGCCACUUGGCCCGGGUCCCUUCUCAUGCCGUCGUGGCCCGAAGUGUGGGUGGCAAGGAGGACUUAAUCUGGGAGCUUCUCGAUAAGGCUCAGGAACAUUUUGGAAAAGACAGGACAUCAGAAUUUCAGCUCUUUGGCUCUCCUCAUGGGAAAGAUCUGCUGUUUACGGACGCUGCCCGUGGAUUCUUAAGGGUCCCCCCUAAGAUGGACGCCAAGCUGUACCUGGGCUAUGAAUAUCUUUCUGCCAUCCAGCAUCUAAAGAGAGGUGUGGAAGACUCCCAGAGGGUGAAGUGGUGUGCAGUGGGCCACCAGGAGAGGGCCAAGUGUGACCAGUGGAGUGCAGUGAGUGGUGGUGCCUUGAAGUGCACCACGGAGGAGACUCCCCAGGACUGCAUCGCCGCCAUCACGAAAGGAGAAGCUGACGCCAUGAGCUUGGAUGGAGGAUUCAUCUACACGGCGGGCAAGUGUGGUCUGGUGCCUGUUCUGGCAGAGAACUAUGAGCCUAAACAUGGCAAUGAGAAGCUGGGGUCUAAGUGUGUGAAUACACCCAUGGAAGGAUAUUACGUCGUGGCUGUGGUGAAGAGAACAGAUGCUGAUAUCACCUGGAACUCUCUGCGAGGCAAGAAGUCCUGCCACACUGCAGUGGGCACCUCUGCAGGCUGGAACAUCCCCAUGGGUUUAAUAUACAACCAAACUGGGUCCUGUCGAUUUGAUGAGUUCUUCAGUCGCAGCUGUGCCCCUGGGUCGAAUCCUGAUUCCCGUCUCUGUGCUCUGUGCAGUGGCAGCAGCAAUCCAGCCCACAUGUGUGCUCCCAGCAGCCACGAGAGAUACUAUGGCUCCAGCGGGGCUUUCAGGUGUCUGGUUGAGAAGGGAGAUGUGGCCUUUGUGAAGCACUCCACGGUCCUGCAGAACACUGAUGGUAAGAACCCUGAAGUGUGGGCUAAGGAUCUGAAGCAGGAAGACUUUGAGUUGCUGUGCCUCGAUGGUUCCAGGAAGCCUGUGACAGAGGCUCAGAGCUGCCACCUAGCUGUAGUGCCAAAUCAUGCCGUGGUCUCGAGGAAAGACAAGGCCGAUUUUGUUCGCAGAAUACUCUUCAGCCAACAGGAGCUCUUUGGAAGAAAUGGGUUUGAAUAUGCGAUGUUCUAGUUGUUUGACUCCUCAGCCAAGGACCUGCUGUUCAGUGAUGACACGGAAUGUUUGGCUAACCUUCAGAACAAAACAACUUAUGAAAAGUACUUAGGGCCAAAGUAUCUGAUGGCUAUUGCUAACUUAAGACAAUGCUUAACCUCUGAACUUCUGGAUGCCUGCACAUUCCAUGGAAAUUAAAAUCUAAUCAAGAUGGGCAAUCGCAGAGAUGUUGGGAGCGCCAGUAUGAUGGGGCCACAUUCUCACUUGUCUUUAUGUGGAGCUGCAUUAACAUCAAUUAUCUUCAAAAUUCUGUGUAGUAACUGAUGCAAAAAUUAAAAUGAAUAAAAAUUAUUGGGUCUUCUUAGAAAACUUCA